UAAUGGCUAUGGCGUGUAGUGUCUCUCCUCUAUGCGGCGCCGCCAGGAAGCCGCCGAGGAAUGGCAUUGGCAUUGGCAUUUGCAGCAGCAGAGCGGCGAGAUUGCGAGCGAGAGCGGCGUUUCCACUGCCCGCCGAGUUUGGAUUCGUGGCGCUCACAGCAGCAUCCAGCGCUGUUCUUACGCAAUGGCAAGCGGUCCAGGUGGGAAUCCAGCGGCGAAAAGUGGGAUUGAAAUAUCCACAGAUGUACGAGGAUGCCGAGAAAUCUGUGUUUAAUUGCUACCAGCGAGCGCAUCAAAACACGCUCGAGAGCUACCCGGCAUUUCUGGCGCUGCUGCUUGUGUCGGGCUUGGGCUACCCGAUCACCGCGUCCGUCUUUGGAAUGGUAUGGGUGAUUGGACGCGUCGUCUAUUCGCUCGGAUACUACACCGGCGAUCCAAACAAUAGAUUCAGGGGGAUCUGGAAUGCAUUUGGAUUGCUGGGUCUCCUCGUCACCUCGAUCGUGUUUGGAAGCAGUCAGGUCGCGGCCAUUUUCUUCCCUCGCGUCUCGUAAACAAAAGCUUGUUAUAUUCCAUCCAUCCGCGGCUUGCUUUGACGACGCAUUCACAAAGUAGACAUACGCCAUGUUACGUACGUGGAAAAACUUGCGCUGAUGUUGUUUCUAGAUUGUAAUUUAGUCCAGGAUAUACAAAUCUUUGAGAGACGUUUGAUUCCAUCCAAA